UGUUUGCAUUGUGAGGAAAAGCGAACCAACCACUGCGAGGAUGACAUUUAUGAGAUCCGGGUCGCGCCUCCCUCAAAACCCUGAGUGUCACAGUAAAAACGUUUUAAUUUCGUCGGCUCAGGCAGGAAUUGAUUUCAGUGUCCAAGAUCACUGAAAGGCAAAACGGACCCUGCGAGACUCCAGUAUAACGACAUAAACUACAAUGGAUUAUUCAACCAAUUUCAGCAAAUCAACCAGCAAAAAAAAAGUGGUGGCUGUGGUGGGAGGUGGUUUGGUUGGCGCCUUGAAUGCCUGCUACUUUGCAAAAAGAGGUUUUCAAGUAGAGGUCUUUGAAUCUCGAGAAGAUAUCCGCCAAGCCAAAAUAGUCAAGGGAAGAAGCAUCAAUCUAGCUCUAUCUCACAGGGGUCGCCAGGCAUUGAAACAAGUGGGAAUGGAAGACACGAUUGUCUCCAAAGGAAUCCCCAUGCAUUCCAGAAUGAUCCACUCUUUGAAUGGGACACAGUCCCCCAUUCCUUAUGGCAAGAAAGGCCAGUACAUCCUGUCUGUCGACAGAGCCAACCUCAACAAAGAACUGUUGUCAGCGGCAGAGACGUAUUCAAACACAAAGCUGAACUUCGCCUACAAACUACUCAACUGGAGCACUGAAACAGGGGCGAUGACCUUUCUCAGGGCUGAUGGUGCAAAGGAGGAGAUCCAGGCAGACUUGAUUGUGGGGUGUGAUGGAGCGUUCUCUGCCAUCCGGAAACAGUUCCUCCGUCAGAGCCGUUUCAACUUCAGUCAGACCUACAUCCCCCAUGGGUACCUGGAGCUCACCAUGCCCCCCAUCAAUGGAGAGUUUGCCAUGAAGCCUAAUUAUCUGCACAUAUGGCCACGCAACACAUUCAUGAUGAUUGCUCUGCCAAACUUGGACAAGACUUUCACCUGCACACUCUUCAUGCCUUUUGACGAGUUUGAAAAUGUCACCACGGGCGACCAGGUCAUUGAGUUCUUCCAGAAAUACUUUCCCGACGCCAUCCCACUAAUAGGAGCGGAUGCUCUUAAGAGGGAUUAUUUCCGUCUACCAGCCCAGGCCAUGGUGUCCGUGAAGUGCUCUCCAUAUCACCUUAGUGAUAAGUGUGUCCUUAUGGGGGAUGCAGCUCACGCUGUGGUGCCAUUCUAUGGUCAGGGGAUGAACGCAGGCUUUGAAGACUGCCUUGUUUUCAAUGAAAUCAUGGACCAGCUCAACGAAGACUUCAGUGCUGUUCUGCCUGAGUACACUAGAGUCCGAGUCCCAGACGACCAUGCCAUCGCAGACCUGGCCAUGUACAACUACGUCGAAAUGCGGUCACAUGUCAAUUCCAAAUGGUUCCUGUUCCGAAAAUACAUAGACAAUUUCCUCCACAUUAUUAUGCCAAGGACAAUAAUCCCCUUAUAUACCAUGGUUACAUUUACUAGGACAAGGUACCACGAGGCAGUAAAACGCUGGCACUGGCAAGACAAAGUGAUCAACCAAGGCCUGUUAUGUGUGGCAGCAUCUGUCGUGGGGGGCUCCUACCUUCUAGUCAGAUACCCCCCUAACAUGCCAAACAUCUCCAUCGAGCAGCUGUGGACCAGGCUGCAGGCCCUCAAGAGUCGUUUCUGAGGUUUUGUGGGCUAAUACCACUUUGUCCCAGAUAGAGGGGUGAAAACUGAGCUACAAACAACAGAGCUAAAACCCAACUGACCUCAAAACAGAUGGAAAAAUACAGUGUUCUGUGACCCAAUUAGCAAUGUAAUUGUUUCAUAAUGUUCUUAAUAAACAUUUUAUUGACUGUAAUUGAAGGCCUGUGGGGCACAUUUUGUGUUAAUGUACAGGUAACUGGUAAAAUAAAGGAAACACCAACAUAAUGUUUUAACAGGGAGUUAGGCCACCGCGAGCCGCCAGAACAGCUUCCAUAUGCCUUGGCAUAAUCUACACGUGUCUGGAACACUAUUGGAGGGAUGCGACACCAUUUUUCGACAAGAAAUGGCAUAAUUUUGUGUUUUGUUGAUGGUGGUGAAAAAACAUUGUCUCCCAGAAUCAAUUGUUCAAUUGGGUUGAGAUCUGGUGACUAAGACACAAACACACACACACACACACACACACACACACACACACACACACACACACACACACACACACACACACACACACACACACACACACACACUUUAAACCCCCUAUGCUACUUUGAUACCCCUCUUUCAAGGUUAAUGAGAUCUCUUCUUCUAGCCAUGGUAACCAAAAUAAUGGGGAACUGGGCAUUUUUAUACAUAACCCUAAGCAUAAUGGGCUGUUAAUUCUUCAAGGCCAGUAAGUUAAAACCACAGUAUUUUGUUUUUUGAUUGAGGUUGCACCUGCAAGGAUAUGAGCAAAAAUAAGUUACUAUGGUCUUAAUGCUGUGCCAUGAUCACAAUGUUACUGCUCAACAAUACAACUGUAGCAGUCAUAGCUGCAUGACCUGUGUUGAAAAAUAAUUAUUUAUCAUUAAACGUUAAUACAAUUUGC